AUGCGAAAGUGGCGGCACAGCCUGAGCAAAGGAAACUUGAAAGCGAAGGAAAAAGUGGUGCAGCAGAAGGGACGUCAGAGGCAAAUGGUGCAGCCGCACUUUAAGAAUGAUUGGCAGAGUAGCAAGGCACUAAAGUUCGUCACAUUCACCUCGGUGCCUUUCCUGUUGUACGCCCUUGCUUUUGCUUCUGGCUAUGAGCCCCUCAUACAGCCCCUAACGCCAGGUUCCUGGGACAAAGCCUCCGAUGCGGGCCAGCACAUCUUCAGCAACUUCCCCCUCUGGUGCCUGCACGCAUCAUGCGCAAGUCUCUACAUCUGCUCUACCCUCCUGCAAUUCAAUUUUCCGGGAACCCUCAGACGCCACGCUUCCCUCCACCGUGUCUCGGGCUACGUCUUCCUGAUGUGCGGGGGUUGUCUGUCUGUCACGGGGCUGGUUAUGGCCCCCCGGUCAGAAUUCCCUGGGUUUGCAGCCCCUUGUUUGGCGCUAUCGGUCCUGUGGCUUGGUUGUGGGGGGAUGGCGCUUUGGACUAUUAAGAGGAGGCUAGUGACGGCGCAUGAGAAGUGGGUGGUCAGGACAAUGGCUGCAGGGUACGCCAGUAUCCUAUCACGGCCCGCAAUAGCGUUUGUCCAUUUCCUCACUGACAGUACAUAUCGAGACAGUGGCACUCCAGGACUGUGGCUCGCUAUGAUAGUUGCAAUGACCAGCUCGGAGCUGCUUCUCAAACACCUUGAGCUUCAAGUGCGUUCUCAAGAACUAGCCGUGACAGAGUCUGAAGGGCCAACCGACAGAUUGGCACAUGCGAUCGAUCCUCAAGAAGUACGAACAUCUAAGUAGCGUCAACCCACCGCAUUGCAAUCAAUUGAUUGUUAUAUUCUACGUAGCGCCACAACUAGUGGCCCUGAAUACCAUGUUGCGUGUUACUGCAGUGCUUGCUAAAGACCGUACAUGUAGCGAACGUUGGAAACCUGAAGUUGCAUCUCGAUGGAAGGCUUGCAGUUAUAGUUGAACUUAGAUUGAAAGCCGG